AUGGAGACAGGAAACCACAGCUGUGGGACAGACUUCACCUUGGUUGGUCUUUUCCAGUAUGGACACAUGGACACUUUCCUCUUCACAGUCAUCACCCUCCUCUUUGCAGUGGCUCUCAUAGGAAACAUCACACUGGUCCAUCUCAUCAGGCUGGACCAAACACUCCACACCCCCAUGUACUUCCUCCUCAGCCAGCUCUCAGUCAUCGACAUGAUGUACAUCUCCACCGCUGUGCCCAAGAUGGCAGCUAACUUCCUGUCAGACACCAAGACCAUUUCCUUUCUGGGAUGCCUGAUCCAAGUCUUUGUGUUUUUGACUCUUGCUUGCUGUGAAGCCCUCCUGCUGGGUUUCAUGUCCUUUGACAGGUAUAUAGCCAUCUUCCAGCCCUUGCACUACCCUGUGUUCAUGAGCAGAAAGAUCUGCUGCUCCAUGGUUGCCAGUGCCUGGAGUAGCAGUUCCAUCAAUGCUUUAGUGCACACAGUGUAUGUAUUUCAACUUCCAUUCUGUGGAUCUAGGAUUGUUAACCACUUUUUCUGUGAGAUUCCAUCUCUCCUGCCACUGGUGUAUGAAGACACGUCCCAAUAUGAGCAUUUGAUUGUCAUGAGUGUCCUUGUCCUUGUGCUGAUACCCUUCCUGGCCAUCCUAGCUUCCUAUGCUCGGGUGUUGGUUGUUGUAUACCAGAUGGGUUCAGAGAAGGGACAGAGUAGAGCAGUGUCCACCUGCUCCUCCCACCUGACUGUGGCCAGCCUGUUCUAUGUCACUGGUCUCUGCACCUACACCCAGCCACACUCCUUGCAUUCUCCUGGGAGGGACAAAGUGGUGGCUUUGCUCUACUCUAUCAUCACCCCUGUUCUGAACCCGUUCAUCUACAGCCUGAGGAACAAGGAGGUCAUGGGGGCCCUGAGGAGACAUAUGGGAUGA